CAGCUUGCGGGAUCUGCUCCACCGUAACGGAUUUAUGGUUCAGGCCCGGGCUCCCUCCAAUCCCGGGCCUGCUCGGCCAGACGGGCACACCCACCCCCGUCAGUGGGGGAGUCAUGUGGGCCUGCUGGGCUUCCUGGUCCUCAGCUCCGCCUCGCGUCGACUGGCCGGACAGGGGAAACACUUCUCAGUUUGGGAACAAAAGCAACAACGGACGGAGCAGGCGAAGGGGGCAGGAUAAGCGGCCACUCAGCCCGUUCGGUCCCGAGCUGGAAGAUUUCGCUUUUCUCGACGGCUACUAGCCGACCGCCGAACUCCCGACGACCGGCGGUAAACUUGGCCGCUUCCUAUAUUUGAAUCCUGACCGUAAUCCGUCGAGGUGCUUGAUUAAUAAGACAAGGGUCAAACAAACAGGCGGAGGGUAUUGUUUCCUCGGACUGCCUCUGGAAACUUGGCCGUAUAAAGGCGAGCGGCGGCGGGGGGAGCCCCGACUUUUCUUCGGUUUUGGUAUCGCUCGGACGGAUUCCGGGGAUAAAGGGGGUAUUGAGCCAUUUUGGGUUUCUGUUGUGGUAUCUAUCUUUGUAAAGAGGCCACACUCAUCUUUCAGGACUGAGAACUUGGAAGUGGAACAAAGCCUAACUGGGUGGCUGAAACCAGUUUUAAUCGCCCAGAUGGCAUCACACUCUGAGCAUGAGGGCAGGAAUGGACAGAUUGUGGACAUGAUUGGGAUUUUUGAGCGGAAAGUGCCAAAGGUUGAGUGUGAGGAAGCGGCUCAGUCUAAAUGUUCCCCGAAGGAGCGGCGGCGCUCGGCGAGCCCGGCCGAGAGCAACGCCAGCGGCGUGGCCAGCUUCACCACCAACCACAACUCGGUCGUGUGCCUCCCUCUGGUCUCGGAGGGGCUGAAAUUAGUGUGGACGCAGUCGGACCAGACCCGAGAACUGGACACCAUCCCGGAACUGGUGCACGCCUUUAACCUGUUCCCGUACCCGUCCUCCCGGGAGGUGAGCACGCUGGCGCGGGUCUGCGCUCUGCCGCUGGACAAAGUCAAGGUGUGGUUCAUGGUCCAGAGAAUUAAGUACGGCAUUAGCUGGUCCUCGGAGGAGAUCGAGGAGACGCGGCGGAAGCUGGCGGUCCCCGAGCUUUACGACGAGACGGCGGACGCGAAAGAGGACGGCAAGCUGAAGGGCGAGAGCAACGGCGUGCAGAAACUGACGGUGGAGGACAAAGACAGCGACGAGGAGGUCACUGCCCUGACCGGUUUCACCCCACAGACUAAGACCUUAAAGUGCGAAUCCCCAGAUGCCUAUAAACCCGCCAAGCCCAGCCCCCCCUGCUUCAGCUCCACCCUCCCGCCCCCCCAGGACUCGUACUUCUACCACCCGCCGGCCGAGGCGCCGGCCAGCGCGGCGGCCGACGCGACCCUCGACCUCUCCCAGUCGCCGUCCCGCCACCACCGGCACGGCCGCUACAAGAAGUCCAAAGUCCAGCUGGCCGCCCUGCGCAAGAGCUUCCUGCGGGAGAACUGGCCGGCGGAGGCCGAGCUCCGGCGCCUGCAGGAGGAGACGGGGCUGACCCGCAACGACAUCCGCAAGUGGUUCAGCGACAGCCGCUACCAGCUGCGGGUGGGCCGCGGCAGCCUGGCGGCGGCCCAGAACUACUCCCCCCAGACCGCCGCCCCCGCCAAACACGACCCGCAGACCCAGCCGCUGCCGCUGGUCAACCCAAAGUCCCGCCAGCCCAACGGCGUCAAAGCCCUGGACGCCGCGCGCAACAACGGGAUCAGGAACUCCCACUUCUUCCAGACUUUUCUGUCCAACAGCCUGGAGGCGUUCGGGGAAAAGGUCCUCGACACGCAAGAAAAUCACGAAAUCGUGGAGGAGCUCUCGGGAGACGGGGACAGUUUUAAAGAUGAGGAGCAAGCGGAGGACCAGCCUCUGCAGCUAACCAAGACCUGCAGCACCGAGCCAGAGGCUGUGCAGGAACCCAAGUCCUCCCCGUACUCCUCCCCCGCCAGCAGCCCGCAACUCGUGGCCUCCCCCAACAAACCCCUUUCAUACAGAUUCCGGGCAUCCAAGAAGUCGGCGAACGCGGCCAAAGCCAGCCCCCCCCAGACAUCGGCGUGCCCCCCGGGGGCCUCCACCUCCGCCCCGCAGCCCCUCACCCCGGCCGGGCGGCCCCGGAAGACCAAGGAGCAGCUGGACGUGCUGAAGCAGCACUUCCUGAGGUGCCAGUGGCCCAAAAGCGAAGACUACACGGAGCUGGUGAAGCUCACGGGCCUACCGCGGGCCGACGUCAUCCAGUGGUUCGGCGACACGCGCUACGCGGUGAAGAACGGCCAGCUGCGCUGGGUGAAGGGCGUCCGCGACCAGUUCCUGGCCGAGCUGGCCCUGCAGCAGAGCGGCAGCGGGCUGACCAACGGCGGCGGGACGUCCACCCGGCCGGGCAGCGGGCGCAAGAGGAAAUGCCAAGUGAACGUCCGGAGCACGGAUUCCCCAGAUAUCCAGCCACUGGUGACAUAUUUCAUUUCCACAGGAUCACUACAGGAAAAAGACCUUGACUCGCUAUGCAAGAAAUCCCGGAUGAGCUACCAGCAGGUGCGGGACUGGUUCGCUGCUCAGGACGAGGCCGAAGCCGAAGCCGGGCCGGAGCCCGCGGACGCCUAAGAACACUGACCGGAGACGUCACACACAUUUUACCCAGCAAGCAUAGUUGUUACUGUGGUUUGUAUUGCUUUAAUUAGGGCAGGUUUGUAAGAUCCAGUCUUCCCAGAACAACCCCAAAGUGAGGUUUGUUUUUGUUUUUUAUAGAUAUAUAUAUAUAUGCUGCAUUCCCUGCUUAUUCUAAUAUAUUUAGACUUGAAUUAUAUUUGUGCUGCCUACGUUGCUGUAAAUAGGACGGUAAUCUCUACACUGGUUUGUUAUAUUUUGUGAACGUAUUAUUUUUGUUUAGAUAUCACUACAACAGAUAUUUUUUAGUACUUGUAGCAGUAUAAUUUAAAAUGGUUGAACUUUUUGGUACCCGGCUGUAGCACCUGAUUUACUGCUCCAGAAAAGUGUCCAGAUUGGCAAAUUUGUUGACUGAUAACUGCGUGUAAUCAUUCCGUUACAACCGAUUUGUUAUUGUUAUUCCUUUUCUUGAAAACCACACUGGACGUGAACUUUUCUUUUUUUGAACUGACAUCUUGCACUUUGGUUUUAGAGCCUGCUGUCCUUUUAUGUGAAUUGAAUCCGGUCAUUUCACCAAAUAUCCAAUAAUUUCAAAGUAUCUGAAUUCCUAAGUUCACAGGGGUUGUUGCUUUUUUUUUUUUUUUUAAAAAAAAAAAAGCUCCAUGGAGCAGAAUAUGGUCACAUUUAAUGCCGAUGGCUUAUUUUCUGAAACACAUUUACAGAUUUUAUUUUUUUUAGUCUCUCUAUCAUGUUAAUUAUUUGAAUACUUUGCAUGUCAUUUGCAUAUAACUGCGCCUUUGUAACAUUAAGGUUAAAUGUAGGCACAGCAACCAUUCAGCAUCCAGAUGUAAGAACUUCCAUUUUAGUUAUCGUUUCAGGGGAGUUAUUAUUUUUUCUCUAAAUAGGCAUAGGGUGUGACUUCAUGGGUUAUUAUUUAGACACGCGGAGGAGCAUAGCAUGGUUGUGCACACACAGCGUGAGUAGUGAUGGAGUCACACCCAGACAGUAGUUCCCACUCGUCAGAUCUCACCCAGGAUGGCACCAACAUAUUCAGGUUGUCGGCUCAUGCGAAACUCCACACCCUCGAAUGCCGUUAGCUGAGGUACAGAGGACGACGUAGGCUUUAAAGGGAGUCAGAAUCUAGUUGUGUAGAAAUGUCUGGACAAAGGUUGAAUUGACAGAAAGGCGACAGGGCAGUGUGCAUCACUUUGUCAUUUCUGUCCCGUUAGUCAUGAAAAGCUAAUGCCAUGUCCAUGUAGUGUCCUCCAGUGUUUUCAGUUUAUUUUACCCCCUUUGGAAAAAUCUCAUUUGCACAACUGUGUCACUGGAAACCAGUAAAAGAUUUUCCUUUUUAA